AUGCACUCGAGAUUCAUUGCCGUCACUCUGGCAUCCUUAUCCCUUGCCUCACAGGCCGUGGCAUGGGGCUGCAUCGGACAGGACUGCAACCAAGCCGCCGAUCAGAUCGCCUUCUCGGCACCCGAGCCUGCUAGCUACGAAGGCAAGGUCAAGUCGCUUGCCUGGGAGCCCACUCCUGGACAGGGCUGGCAGUGGUCCAGCUGCGGAACCGGUGAUGAGGUAGUGAAUGUAGAAAGCAUCGUCGUCAGCCCCGACCCGCCUGUUCCUGGUCAAAACCUCACUGUUCGCGCCAAGGGUACCGUCAAAGAUGAAGUCAGCGACGGCACGUUCGCAGAUGUCAUCGUCAAGCUCGGUCUGAUCAGGCUGCUCGCCCGUCGGUUCGAUGUCUGUGAGCAAGCAAGAGAAAGCAAUGCUGACCUCCAAUGUCCAUUGUCUGCCGGCGAGUACGAGCUCGAGCACACUGUUGCUCUGCCUCGCGAGAUCCCACCCGGCAAGUUCAACGUUCACAUCACCGGCGAAAACCAGGAUGGCUCCAACUUGCUCUGCCUUGAUCUUAGCAUCCAGUUCGGCUUCCGUCGCUGA